UUGAUGCCUACUCUCUAUUCUCUCAACUUUGUUCAAAACUCAUUAUCAAAGCAAAAAAAAAAAAGAAAAAAAAAAGGCAGAUCCAAGGAGGUGGUUAAUCUGUCAAUCCCAUCAAUCAGUCAACCAAACACGACCAAUCAUCAAUCAUCAAUCAAGAUUUUAUAAAAAGCAAAGGCGAAAAUACAAUAAUCUUGAUAUGUCAUCCUCUUCCUCUUCUUCUUCUCCUACUUCUACUGCUACUGCUACCACUACCACUACCACUACCUUGUCUCAGCAGCAGCUGCUGGACCACCACCUUCCCGCCGCAGCUGAGCAGCUCUGUUAUGUCCAUUGCAACAUUUGUGACACUGUCCUUGCGGUCAGUGUUCCUUGUUCUAGCUUGUUCAAAACUGUGACAGUGCGAUGUGGACACUGCACCAAUCUGCUGCCUGUCAACAUGCGUGGCCUGCUCCUGCCUUCACCUAAUCAAUUUCAUCACCUUGGCCACUCCCAUAACAUUCUGGAAAACAUCCCCACUCCAAACCCCAAUUAUCUGAUCAACCAGUUUGCAGCCACCAACAAUUUUGGAACGCCAUCUCGAGGAGUCAUUGAUGAGCUCCCCAGGCCCCCUGUCAUCAACAGACCUCCAGAGAAGCGACAGAGAGUGCCUUCUGCAUACAAUCGCUUCAUCAAGGACGAGAUCCAACGCAUCAAGUCAGUGAAUCCCGAUAUAUCCCAUAGAGAAGCCUUCAGCGCCGCUGCUAAGAAUUGGGCCCACUUUCCACACAUUCACUUUGGUCUCAUGCCCGACCAGACAGUGAAGAAGACAAACAUCCGCCAGCAGGAAGGAGAGCAGAGUGUUCUAAUGAAAGACAAUGGAGGAUUCUAUGCCUCAGCAGCAGCCAACGUUGGUGUUUCCCAUUUCUAGGUCCCAUGGAUAUGUGUUUUUGUUUCAAAGUUCGCCCUCAUCUUUGCAGCUGCUACUACUACUAUUACUCAAGUUCUUAUCUUCAUGGGUUCAUAUGUAAUUGCCUUUUGACGUUAUGAUGUGAUCAUUAUGACUAUAUUUGGCUCACUACUACUACUUUAUGCAUCUUCUUGUUGUUGGUGUAGUGAUGACUUCAUAUU